AUCUUCAAGGACACCCGAUUUACUCCAAAUGCAUUCUGGUACUGUCCCUUCUCUUGUUUCUGGAGACCUGCCGCUAAAGCAAAACCGGUUAUUGACUGAGGUCCCAAAGUGUCUCCAGCCAUGUCUGUCAGAGAGUCGUUUAACCCAGAGAGCUAUGAGCUAGACAAGAGCUUCAGACUCACACGCUUCACUGAGCUCAAAGGAACGGGCUGCAAGGUACCCCAGGAUGUGCUACAGAAGCUUCUAGAAGCCCUGCAGGAGAACCACUAUCAGGAGGAUGAACAGUUCCUUGGAGCCGUCAUGCCCAGACUUGGCAUUGGCAUGGACACCUGUGUCAUCCCCCUCAGGCACGGGGGCCUUUCUCUAGUCCAGACGACAGACUACAUCUACCCCAUAGUGGACGACCCCUAUAUGAUGGGGCGAAUUGCGUGUGCCAAUGUUCUAAGUGACCUGUACGCAAUGGGAGUGACGGAAUGUGACAACAUGUUGAUGCUGCUGGGGAUUAGUAACAAACUGUCAGAAAAGGAGCGGGACAAGGUGAUGCCUCUGAUAAUCCAGGGGUUCAAAGAUGCGUCGGAGGAAGCAGGCACGUCUGUUACAGGGGGACAGACGGUUCUUAACCCCUGGGUGGUCCUGGGUGGGGUGGCCACCACGGUCUGUCAACCCAAUGAGUUCAUCAUGCCAGACAACGCAGUGCCAGGAGAUGUGUUGAUUCUCACCAAACCUCUUGGGACUCAGGUAGCUGUGGCAGUACACCAGUGGCUGGACAUUCCUGACAAGUGGAAUAAGAUUAAGCUGGUGGUGACUCAGGAGGAUGUAGAGCUGGCUUAUCAGGAAGCUAUGAUGAACAUGGCCCGGCUCAACAGGACAGCUGCAGGUCUGAUGCACACCUUCAACGCUCACGCCGCCACUGACAUCACUGGCUUCGGGAUUCUGGGCCACGCCCAGACAUUGGCACGCCAACAGCGUAGCGAGGUCUCAUUCGUCAUUCACAACCUCCCUGUGCUCGCCAAGAUGGCCGCUGUGUCCAAGGCCUGCGGGAACAUGUUCGGACUCAUGCACGGCACCUGCCCCGAGACAUCAGGGGGUCUGUUGAUCUGUCUUCCCAGGGAGCAGGCAGCUCGUUUCUGUGCUGAGAUCAAAUCUCCUAAAUACGGUGAGGGCCACCAGGCCUGGAUCAUCGGCAUUGUGGAGAAGGGCAACCGCACCGCCCGCAUCAUCGACAAACCACGAAUCAUCGAGGUCGCUCCUCAGCUCUCCACACAGAAUGUCAACCCCACACCCGGUGCAACCUCAUAAUACCUUUCCUAUCCCCUGCAAUGCAGACCGGAACCACAGAGCUCGGCCGAGUUUUUUUUAGACUCAUAGAAAACCAUCCUAGAGUGUGUCAAAUGUAUACACGUAUAUAUAUAUAUAUAUACAAUUAACUGGGUUGAGGUGUAUGUACACCUGCCUCAGACCGACAGAAGCCUUAGGGGCAGGUCAUCACACAAUGGACGCACUAUCAACAAAAACAAUCCCUAAAAAGAAAACAAGUAAAAAUCCAUUUGCCUUUUGUCUGUUGUAAUCUGUUAUGUUUGACUGAAGAGGCAGGCAGCUUCUGGGUUUAAGAAUAGAUUAUGAUUAUCCGAUUCUGUUGAUUCAUUUAGAAUCUUUAGGAGACUCGGGUGUCCGUUGCCUCCAGGGCUCUUUUUAAAGGGUGCUUGUUCUCGACAAGUAUGUGUAAGAGUUUUUUUUUUUUUUUUAGCGAUGGGUAGUGAUAUAGCGUUUUUGUUUGUCCGUUCACUUUGUGUACAGUUUAAAAACUUAGUUGUAGUUUAAAGCUGUAACAGAUGCCUGGAAAGAGUGAACAUAAGGGUUGCUUUUUUAUUUUCACUUUUUGUAUCCCCCCCAAAAAACAAAUAAAUCAAAUAGAUUUUUAUUUUCUUGCCAGUUUUACAAGAGCACUAUCAAAUUGAUGGAUCUAAAGGAAUGCAUUAUCAAAUUGGACUCCCUCUGUUCAUAUUGCUGUUUUGUACUUCUAAUCAGUGAUAUAAUCAGUUACAAGGACAUUAAAUCCAUUCUGUCAUCUUACAGGCAAUAAACAGAACGUCCUGGUA